AUGCCUUCUCCAACUCCAUACCACUCUAAAGAGCCUCCAGAUUCGCCUGCCGAUGAUUCCGACUCCGACCUCGAACUCGAACUUCAAGAGCUUGACCCUCUCCCCGCCGAUGAGCCCCGCAAUAAGUCAGGGCUUUUAGGACACGAUCGCGAAGCUGCUGAACAGAGGGCCCCAAGGAUAGCCCUGCGCAACCUUCGUAUGGGGAGCCUGCGCCGCAAGGGGAAGUCAUCCAGAGGCUAUCCUGGCGCUGGUGGAGGCAGAGAUAGUGGGCUAGACGACGCAGCCGCCCUGCUAGGAGACGGCGAUGGCGACGGCCAGUCCAGCCGUGAGAACUCCGGCGAGGAUGCCCCUUUCCUACGAGAGCAUGACGACCGCUCCCGCCGUGCCAACGGCCAAAAGAAGCGGCCGAGUUCGUCCAACGGCUUGCGUCUGCCCAGCUUCAUGUCGUCCACCGGGUCGCAACGCCAUGAGGAAGAUGAGCAGGAUCAGGAGGAAGACGACCCCUCGGCAUCCAGGCUCGUCGCCGUCGGCUCUGCUCAGUCGACUCGUUUCCCGCCGAACCUAGUGUCGAACGCAAAGUACACCGCCUUCACCUUUCUUCCUAUUACAUUAUAUAACGAAUUCUCAUUCUUCUUCAACAUGUACUUCUUGCUCGUUGCGCUUUCACAGGCGAUACCUGCCUUGAGGAUUGGUUACCUUUCGACUUACGUUGCGCCUCUGGCCUUUGUUUUGAUGAUUACAAUGGGAAAAGAGGCAUACGAUGACAUAGAAAGAAGGCGCAGAGACAACGAGGCCAACUCAGAACCAUAUGCUGUGCUAGCUUUUGACGAACCUGGCCACUCUGCCACUUCAAGCCGCCCAAAGAGAACACUGAAGUCAACGUCCAACCGAAAAGGGCGAAAGGGGAAGAUGCCUGAAAGAGACCGGCUUUCCGACAUUCAAGAGGAGGAGGAGCAAGCCGAGGGUGCCGGGCUUCGCAGAGAGCCUUCUUCACAGGUCCGCGACAUAAGUAAAAAGUCGCGUGACCUGAAGGUUGGUGAUGUCUUGAAGCUAGAGAAGGGCCAAAGGGUGCCCGCUGAUGUGAUCAUCCUGAAAUGCUUGUCCGGCGAUGUCAGUGCAGGAAACGACAUUGAAGUGCCUCAGAAGACCGAGCCAGACCUCCUGGGCAGUAUUGAUGAGUCAGGAGAAAGCAGUGCUGAUCCGCCUGCGAGCAGUGAGCCUGAGCAGAGCUCAGGGCCUGGCGGAGAAACUUUCAUCAGGACUGAUCAAUUGGAUGGUGAGACUGAUUGGAAGCUUCGUAUCGCAUCACCUCUGUCUCAAAACUUGGCCAUCGAGGAGCUGGUCCGUCUGCGGGUUACUGGUGGCAAGCCAGACAAAAAAGUCAACGACUUUGUCGGCACUCUUGAGCUCCUCCCAUCAAGACAGGAGGCAAUGGGCAACACCGCCAGCGUUCAGGGCGGGGACAAUCUGUCAAGCACAGCACCCUUGUCAAUAGACAAUACUGCGUGGGCAAAUACAGUCAUUGCGUCCCACGCAACCACAUUGGCUGUGAUCAUCUACACGGGCCCUCAGACCCGGUCCGCUCUUUCGACAGCGCCUUCCAGAUCCAAAACUGGACUCCUUGAGUAUGAAAUCAAUUCACUAACUAAGAUUCUCUGCGCCUUGACUCUCGGCAUCUCGAUCAUCCUCGUCGCACUAGAAGGGUUUGAGAACGUGCCCGGCAACGUUUGGUAUGUCAAGAUCAUGCGUUUCUUGGUCUUGUUCUCGACGAUCGUUCCCAUCAGUCUCCGAGUCAACCUUGACAUGGGCAAGAGUGUAUACUCUUGGUUCAUCCAACGUGAUCCUGAUAUGCCGGGUGCCGUGGUUCGAACUAGCACGAUUCCAGAAGAUUUGGGUCGCAUCGAGUAUUUGCUGAGCGACAAGACGGGCACCCUGACUCAGAAUGAAAUGGAAAUGAAGAAGAUCCACGUAGGAACUGUGUCCUAUGCCAACGAGGCAAUGGACGAGGUUUCGGCAUAUGUGAACCAGGGGUUCCAAGCCCCCUUGUCCACAGAUCCAUCGACUAAAGGCACGCUCAUCACACCUUCCUCGACAUUCACCGCCACAACCAAUGCUGGAGCCACACGUACACGUCGAGAAAUUGGCACAAGAGUGCGCGAUGUGGUACUGGCAUUGGCACUAUGCCACAAUGUCACUCCUACCACGGACGAGGAAGAUGGCAAGAUGGUCACAGCAUAUCAGGCGUCGUCUCCUGACGAGAUCGCCAUCGUAAAAUGGACAGAAGCUGUUGGAUUGCGACUUUCCUAUCGUGAUCGCAAAAGCAUGAUGCUUGAGUCGUCUGAGACCGGCCGGACGAUUGUUCAAGUGCGCAUACUCGACGUUUUUCCUUUUACAUCCGAUGGUAAGAGGAUGGGGAUUGUCGUUCAAUUCUUUGAACGAUCAGGGAGCCUUCCAAGUGUCAAGGACGGCGAGAUCUGGUUCUACCAAAAAGGCGCAGACACAGUCAUGAGUACAAUCGUGGCUGCAAACGACUGGCUGGACGAAGAAACCGCCAACAUGGCUCGAGAAGGCCUGCGAACACUAGUAGUGGGCCGAAAACGACUCUCGCCCGAUGAAUACCAGGAGUUUCAGUCCAAGUACCAGGAAGCAUCUCUUGCCAUUGGUGGCCGUGAUACAGGCAUGCAGAAAGUUGUCUCGCAGUAUCUGGAGCGCGACCUGGAGCUUCUUGGCGUCACAGGUGUGGAGGACAAGCUGCAAAGGGAUGUAAAACCAUCACUGGAGCUCCUCAGGAACGCGGGCAUCAAGAUCUGGAUGUUGACAGGCGACAAGGUGGAGACAGCUCGUUGCGUCGCUGUGAGUUCCAAGCUCGUCGCACGCGGCCAGUACAUCUACACCGUUGCCAAGAUGAAGCGCAAAGACCAUGCACAAGACCACCUCGACUUUCUUCGGAGCAAGGCAGACUCAUGCCUCCUUAUCGACGGUGAAAGUCUUGCAUUAUUCAUCACACACUUUCGUACCGAGUUCAUCUCCGCGGCCGUCCAACUGCCCACGGUCGUCGCGUGUCGGUGCUCGCCCACACAGAAGGCCGAGGUCGCAAAACUCAUCAAGGAAUUCACCAAGAAGCGCGUGUGCUGUAUUGGUGAUGGUGGCAAUGAUGUGAGCAUGAUCCAAGCCGCAGACGUCGGUGUGGGUAUUGUGGGCAAGGAAGGUCGGCAAGCAAGUCUUGCCGCAGACUUUUCUAUCGAGCAGUUCUACCAUCUGACCAAGCUCCUUGUAUGGCACGGUCGAAACAGCUACAAGAGGAGCGCCAAGCUCGCUCAGUUCGUCAUCCACCGUGGCUUGAUCAUAGCCGUCUGCCAGACCAUGUACAGCAUUGCCAUCAAGUUCGAGCCUGAGGGCUUGUACAAGGAUUGGCUCUUGGUCGGAUAUGCGACCGUGUACACCGCCAUGCCGGUCCUGUCCCUCGUCCUGGAUAAAGACGUCGACGAGGAGCUGGCCAACCUCUACCCGGAACUGUACAAGGAAUUGACCUCCGGUCGGUCUCUUUCGUAUCGGACGUUCUUCGUCUGGGUAUUCGUAUCGAUCUAUCAGGGCAGCAUGAUUCAGGGCCUGUCCCAGCUGUUGACUGAGGUCGACGGACCCAAGAUGGUCGCGGUCAGCUACACGGUACUGGUGCUGAAUGAGUUGCUCAUGGUAGCAAUUGAAAUCACGACGUGGCAUCCAGUCAUGAUCAUAUGCAUCGUCGGGACCUUCCUGAUGUUCGUCGGCUCGAUUCCGUUCCUGGGCGGCUACUUCGACCUUGCCUUCCUAAUAACCUUGGGUUUCUAUUGGCGGGUCCUGGCGAUCGGCGCGAUCUCGCUCAUCCCGCCGUAUGCUGGAAAGCUGAUCAGGAGAACUAUGAAGCCCCCAUCGUACCGAAAGGUACAAGGGAUUUGA